AGGAUGGAACAAUAAUUCGAACUCCACUACCAGUCCCAAGGACAUGUCAUUACUGUAGCGCACGUCUAUUUCACCAUGAGACGUUCGAGAUGUGCUGUAAUGGGGGAAAAGUCUCUCUUCCCCGAGUAAAUGGUCCUCAGGAAUUGCUUGAAAUCUUCUUGGACCCCUCUGCAGAAGGAAACCAUUUUAGAAAACAUAUUCGUGGAUACAAUCAUGUAUUUUCCUUCACUUCGUGUGGUGUGCACAUAGACGAACAACUGGCUAUAACAGGUCAUGGUAUAUAUACAUUUCGUCUUACACAACGGUCAGAUGUGCAUGAGUGUAGUUUGGUCAUUAGAGAGCGACCUGCUAAUCAGCCACAAUAUAGUCUUCCAACUGCGUCGCAGGUAGCAGCCAUAAUUGUUGGUGAUGACGUUGAAACAAUGAUUCGUGGGCGAGAUAUUAAGGUGCAAACUCAUGCUGGUAGCCUACGAAGGAUUCAGGAAUUCAUCCGCCCCGAUGAUCAUUCCACCGUAUUGCAAGCAGGACGACUACUACAACAAUAUGUUGUUGAUAACUAUGUGAAAAUUGAAACCGGAAAGUUAAGAUGGGUUCGAAAUAGACAGAAGAAAUUACGGGCUGAAUUAUACCAAGGUUUACAAGAUGCUUUGCACACAGGAGAAACUAAUGUAGAAAAUGUUGGAAGAAAAAGAACAAUAUUACCAUCGUCGUUCAUUGGUAGCCGUCGCGACAUGACCCAACGAUAUGAAGAUGGAAUGGCGAUUGUUCUUAAAGAGGGAAAGCCAGAUAUUUUUCUCACAAUGACAUGCAAUCCAUCUUGGACUGAAAUAACUUCAGAACUCAACCCAGUUCAAACUCCACAAGAUCGUCGAGAUCUAACAACAAGAAUUUUUCGAGCCAAAUUUGAACAGCUGAAAGAGGAUGUAAUUACUAAGGGUGUCUUGGGAAAGGUGAAGAGCUAUAUUUAUGUCACUGAGUUUCAAAAAAGAGGGUUGCCACAUGUACAUAUAUUGCUAAUCUUAGAAAACAAUGAUAAGUUAAUUGACCCGGAGCAUUAUGAUAGUUUGGUACGUGCAGAGAUACCAUCUAAAGAAGUAGAACCACACCUACAUGAUGCUGUGCUAAAACAUAUGAUUCAUGGUCCUUGUGGUACACUUGAUCAAUCUUCACCCUGCAUGAAAAAUGGCAAAUGUAAACGCAACUACCCAAAAGAGUUCGCAGCAGAAACAUGA